AUGACGAAUGAAUAUGUGGAAUUAAGCGAGAUAAAGGUGUCAGUACAACAGGUGAAGAACUGUGCGUUCUCCCAGUGGUAUUCGAAGUUUGCAGGUCAUACGCCGCAAGCCAAAGUGAUCAAGCCUGUGCCAGGUGGGUUUUUGGAAUACUUGGAGCAAGAUGGAAUAAAGCUGCCCAAUGAUAGCCAGUUUGGAAAGUCUUCGUACUAUGCGGAAAUUGGAAACAAUGAGGAUAAUGAGUACAGCGACUGGGAAGCCAGUAGCGAUGAGGAGCAUCCGCAGGGCCAGGACGUGGUGCAGCUGUUUCCAGAAUUGCAUAAGGAGUUGAAGGACAUUUUUAGAGAAAUGGGAUCUUUGACUCCCAAGUUGACAUGGUCCAGUCCCAAAGACGCAACUUGGAUCCUUGCCAAUAAUACUUUGAAAUGCACAGAGGUUAACGACAUGUAUCUGUUACUCAAGGCUUCCAAUUAUAUCACGCAUGACUUGGACCGAGCGCUUGCUGAAUGCUUCGACAAAAACAGUGCUCUCGAACAAGAUGGGCCUUUACAGCACGAGUUGGUGCUCCGCAAGUGGUUCGACCUCAAUCCUGCCUUGGAGUUCCGCGUGUUUGUCAAGGACAGCGCUAUAAUAGGCGUGUCCCAGCGAGACCUGAACUAUUACGACUACUUAGAACUGCUCACCGAGACUUUCAAGGACCUCUUAGAUGAGUUCGUUGAGGACAUUGUGCUUCCGCGGUUCCCCGACUCUUCGUUCGUAUGCGACGUCUAUAUUCCCCGGCCUUUCGAGAAGGUGUGGCUAAUAGAUUUCAAUCCUUUUGCUCGGAAGACUGACUCGCUCCUUUUCUCGUGGAAUGAGCUUGCAACAAUUGACCCGUACAAGCUUGAGAGCGAUUAUGAGUUGCGCUUGGUCCAGGAGAACAAUGUUGCUAGAUUUGCCAGCAAAGAGCACUCGGAGAACCAAGUUCCAAAAGAGGUUGCAGACGCCAUAACAAAUCCUAAAGCGAUCCAGGAGCUGGCUGAGAAAUGGGGGGAACUGCUGAAUAUGCAAAAGGCCGGAGACUCUAGUGAUGACGAACCUGGUGAACAAAAUAACUCGUUAUGA